UCUUGAAUCUUCCACAUAUUUUCCUGUGACUGUAACUAAGGCCUAAGACAGAGAAUACAACAACCGAUUACUGGUAGUUUGAAUCGUAUCUACAUGUAACUGCAAAGGCUGAAAUAAAUGAUAUUUGCAGUUUAAUUUGUAGCAGGUAAAUCACACAAAACUCUGCCUUUCUUGGCUGUUGAGCAUCAUGGCAUUUCCACCCAGCAUGAAGACCAUAUUUGUGAUUGACCAUUCGUCAUCAUUUGCUGAAUCUUGCAACCAGCCGUUUGAAUUCGAUGUCGUCAGCAAGUCAAGGACUCCAGGUCUUAUCCCUUUAGCUCCCCUGUCCAAGUCUCUCUGGACCUGUUGUAUUGAAGGCAUCAUGGAAUAUUGCAGAGUGGUGUAUGACAUCUUUCCUUCAAGUAGAAAUAUCUGUCUAAUUGCAAGUGACAGUGUGGCUCGCGUUGUCAACGGCUGGGGGAAAUCCGAACAGAACACUGCUCAUAUUAUGACAGCUCUUGCUCACGUUGGACCACCUUCGAGAGAUGGGGAUCCUGCCAGUGUCGACAUCACCAAUGGCUUUGAGGGCGCGGUUCAAAUUCUUUGUGAAAAGACAGAUCUUCAGCGAGAGCUCUCAGCUGAUGAAAGCGCCCUUUUGAACCGUGGACGGAUUAUCUGUCUUACUUCGCUAACAAGGAAUGAACAGAUUGAUGAAAUAAAAGAAUGCUUGAAGGAGGCCAUCCAUCAACAGAACAAGGUUGCCUCCAAUUCAGAUGAACUUUUGCCUAUCGACCACUGUGAGCUGUGUUUGGUCAACAUUCAUCCUGUCGACAAGGCUCCUACGGUCAAAUUGACCCAAGACCUAACCGUCGUCAACUCGUUGCUGUCCUGUCAGGUUACUAAUUCCAGGGCGGGGCAUCAUCUCUCAUCCAAGCUCAGUUCGCUCCUACAGGAUCACUUUGAUCUGGCUGUAACCACAGUUACAGGCAUUCCCAUGAAGGAGGAGCAAAACGCCAGCAGCUCCGCCAACUAUGACGUGGAGCUUCUCCAUCACCGUCAAGCUCACGUGGAGAUUCAUAAGAUGGAACACAUUGUGGCUGCCCAGGAGCUAAAGAGCGAAGGAGAUAAGGGGAGUGGAGGAGGGAGCUCCAGUGGAGCAGGAGGGGGAGGCGGUGGAUCUGGUGAUGGGAGUAGUAAAGGAGGAAGUGUUAAUAAGGUGCUUCUUAAGUGGUGCCAGCCAAGAUCUUCAGGAACAGAGCUUCUCCAUUGCACCGGGGCCUAUAGGGUCUCACCAGUUGAUGUCAACAGCAGACCAUCUUUGUGCCUGACCAACUUUCUGCUCAACGGACGCCAAGUGAUGCUCGAACAACCCCGCAAACAAGGGUCCAAGUGUAUCUCUCACAUGCUGGCCAGCCACGGCGGUCAGAUCUACCUCCACUGCCUGUCCACCUCACGGUCACCCCUAGAGGACCCUCCGUCCAUCAGCGAGGGUUGCGGCGGUAGGGUCACCAAUUACCGCAUCAACGACUUUGGGGACUUCAUGAAGGAGAAUAGGUUGGCGCCAUGUCAGGAAGGCUCAGACAGUGAAGCCGAGCUACCCUUGGAGAGAGCUAAAGCACAGCUAGAAAGAAUGUCAAGGCAUUGGCCUCUGAUCAUCAGCGAUACUGUUAUCUUCAAUAUGCUCUCACAUAUAGACCCAUUACCCUCACUGCUAAUGAAGCCCGUUUUAGUCGAGGACGAUGUUUUAGAGUGCAAGAAAGCAAUUCUUCAUCUUGUUGGCAUGGAAACAAGAAACGAAGCCCUACCCAUUCCGAGCAGCACGACACGGGGGAAGGGUUCCAAAAGGGAUGAGCAGUACAGACAGAUGUGGUCUGAGUUAGAGACCUUCGUGAGGGCAGCGAGCACCACAUCGCCAGCCCAUGAAGAGGUCCUUGAAUGUCUUCUUGCCUGUAGGAAACCUGAGGAAGCAUCACCAUCGAGAGGGCGCAAGACGACUUCAGAGAAAUCAGCCGUCAAAGCCGAGAAACCUGAAACGGAAACUGCGGACGCUCCUGCUGUGAAAACAGAAGAGGCCACUACAACCCCAGAUGCAACAGGAACCAACGUCCCCAGAAAUCCCCUAGAACCACCACCUAUCAAGAAACAGAAAAUUAAUACUGGAGACACAAUUGGAAGAGCAAAAGGAGCUCCAGAAUCUCUCCUUUCUUUGUGGAAGACGAGGAUUGCUAAUGUUCAUUCUAGGAGUCAGAGGGAAUUCUCAGGCAGAGCGGAGGCGCAGGGAGCAAAGGCUGAACUCUACCCCAAUCUACUCAAAGAAAAUGGCAAAUGAAGCAAUAUCUCUCAAAGACUUUUUUCAAAUAAUCCAUAAUGAAAUGGAAUAUUUCUCUGGAAUGGAGAAAACUAUGUGAAGGCAAUCCAAUUCUCGAUAAGUUGGUCAAUGAUGUAUCUGUCAGGCCCUGUGAGCAGAGGAAAAGUGAAUUAGCAAUUUUGUUUUCUCAUUCCAUGGUGGAAGAUGGGAAGAGAGACGGAGAAUGUACCCACACUGCAAAUUCAAGCCGUGCAAGAUAUCAAGUUAGUCACAGAAUGCAAGAAAGAAGGGCAGAGUUGUUUCCUGUAGGCUUGUCCAGCAAGGUGAAUGCAGUAUAAAAAAUCAAUGAUACAGUAUAAAAAAUCAAUGAUUUCAAAGGACAAUUCCUUCAAACAACAUUUUUCUAAUCCCAAUAUCACUCUCCAUUUUCUUCCUGUUCCUUUUAUGGUAUCUACUUUAAGAACUCGGCAGGACAGCUUUUUGCUGGUGCAAUGCCAAUGUGGUAUAUAAGCAAUGAGAUAGAAAGGAAUUUUUCAUCUAAGUUAAUCAGGCAGAAAAUACAGGCAGAAAUUACUUUUGGGUCUUUCUUUAUCAAAGUGGAGGUAAUGGCAGAGCAGGGAUUCAAACUCACAACCUUACAAUCAGGAGUCUAAUGCUCUAACCACUAGAUUACAUGACCCUUCACUUCACAAGGAUAUUUUACACAAAUAUUUGACUUGUGAAAUGUUGACGUAUGCAAGUUCCCCUUUCCUCUUUUGCAUUAUUUCUCAUUUUUCAGAUGAAUUUUGGUUUCUUCUCAUAACGAUCGUCAUGUACAAAAACACAUGUAAUAAUAUUCACAUUUCUGAAAACAAAAAUUACAAAGGAAGUUAUUUGACAUUUGAAAAUACCACAGACUUCUUUUGAGAACUUUAUUUCUGAUAGCGAUAUUUAUAUCAUAUUUUAUUUUUGACAAAUUGAUCACUAAAAUUUGAAGCCAUACAAGAAACACAUGUAUCCGCAAUUAAAAUGAUAUCAUGUGUACAAGUAAUAAUCGGAAUUUUGUCAUUUUAUUCAUUGAUGGUCUGUGAUGAUGUAAAGAAAGUAAGAAACCCAAGGAGUCGCAAUCAGCAAUAAAUUUGGAUGAAAUGGAUUAAUUCAAAUUAAUCUUUAUCAUGCUCAUACAUGUAUCUAUGGGAUUUGUUAAAAAUUGAAACUGAUCUUAACGAUCAAUUGUUUAGUUUUUUACAUGGAUUGCCAUAGUUUUGAAAUAAUGCAUAUGAUUGAUUUAAUAAAUACCACAAGGAAUUGCUACCCUUGAAAUAAAAAUAUCCCCCAGAAUGAGUUGUAAGCAAGAAUUACUGAUGGACUGAAAAAAUCACAAUGCACAGAUAUUUGUCAUAAAUGUACAGCACUUAAAGAGCUGCAUUAAAACGUAACUCAGGAAAAAUGAAGCAAACGUCCGUAAUGUGUGCAUUUUUUUGGUUGGAAGUCGAGUUGUAUUUGUGUUUUGGAGUUAUGUUUGAUUGCUACGCUUUUAGCAACAGGCCCCAGAUAUUCUUGCAUAAAUUGUCCUUCAAAUCAAAUAUUUGCUGACGUUGAAACAAUUUCUAUUCAAAUCCAUAUUUCAUUAUUCGAAAUAGAAAUCAGAAAAAGAUGUCCUCCAAAAAUACAUGUAUAUCUUGCCCAAUUGAUAGUGGGCCCGGCAGCCACCAAGUUGCCUCAGAUCAAUGUUGCUCCAUCCCAUAAAUCAGUGAGUGCUAAACAGUAGCAGCAACUCCCAUCUUAUUAGGCCAGAUUAUGCCAUGUAUGAAUUGUAUACCUCUUCUAUAAAGUCAAACUUCUCCCGUGGUUACAAGAAAUUUUACUUCGGCAGAGUUUUCAGUAUUCAGAGAAUAAAAUGAAAGGGUAUAGUGCAUUCAGGUAAUGACGUUGCUGGCUUUCCAUAGCUGAGAUAGAUUGAAUCAUUCACUUCGUUCGUGGGAUGAGGCCCAUACACCUAGUGUAUCAAGGUUGUUUGUUAAUCAUGAUUGUAUACAUGUAAAGAGUUAAACAGGAAAGGGUUUAAAAUAUUCAUUCAUUCCUUUCUGUGUUUUGUGUCAUUAGAAACCAACUUCACAUGAUUUGUAUUUGAAAUAAAAUGUAUUUAUAUCAUUUACAAACAGCUUUAUGAUGUU